UUCCAAAUCCAACCCACCGACGAAAAAAAUCACCUUUUUAAAAAUAAUAAUAAUCCCACAAAACUCUGGAAUUAAUUUAAGAAAUUGGGCUACAAACAAAUCCUUUUGAUCCCUUUUCCCACUUGAUUUGAUUCAACAAUUUCAGAUUUCAGAUUUCAGAUCUUGUUGCUCUCCUAUUUUCGUCGAAGCUACUUACAAAAUCAAGCUGAAUCUGCUUCACUCGAGGAGCUCGAGCCAUGGCGGUUGCCGUCCGGGGAAGCCGAACAGGGGCAGGGUUCGGCGGGUUCAAUCUACGGAGCUUCUUCUCCUACCGGAUCUUCAUUUCGGCUCUGUUUUCGCUUCUCUUCAUUGCCACUCUUUCAGUCAUCUUCACCACGAAUCCCUCGACGCCGCACCACGAUUCUGAUGUUUUGGUGCAGGCCCUUCCUACUACAGGAAAUGCUUAUAUGAGACGAACGUAUCUGACUCUAAAUUCUGAUCCAUUGAAAACUCGUUUGGAUUUGAUAUAUAAGCAAGCGAGUGAUCACAUCACCCUUGUUAAUGCUUAUGCUGCGUAUGCAAGGAAGCUCAAGCUUGAGAUGUCUAAGCAAUUGAAGAUGUUUGAUGAUUUGGCGCAAAAUUUCUCGGAUAUUCAGAUGAAGCCGCUUUACCGUGGAAGGUUGCUUGAUUCGACCGGUCCGCUGGAUGAGGAUGUGAUGAGGCAAUUUGAGAAGGAGGUGAAGGAUAGGGUGAAGACUGCUAGGAUGAUGAUAGCAGAGUCGAAGGAGAAUUACGAUAAUCAGUUGAAAAUUCAGAAGUUGAAAGACACAAUUUUCGCGGUUAAUGAGUUGCUUGUCAAAGCAAAGAAGAAUGGGGCAUUUGCAAGCUCAAUUGCUGCAAGGUCAAUACCAAAAAGCUUGCAUUGCUUGUCGAUGAGGCUUGUGGGGGAGAAGAUUUCGAACCCGGAGAAGUAUACUGAUGAUGAACCUGAGGCUGAGUUUGAGGAUCCAAGUCUGUACCAUUAUGCAAUUUUCUCUGAUAAUAUCAUUGCGGUAUCCGUUGUCGUGAGAUCUGUGGUGAACAAUGCUGAAGAACCAUGGAAACAUGUUUUCCAUAUUGUUACAGAUAGGAUGAAUCUUGCAGCAAUGAAGGUCUGGUUUAAGAUGAGGCCAGUGGAAAGAGGAGCUCGUAUUGAAAUAAAGGCUGUGGGAGAUUUUACCUUCUUGAACUCAUCAUAUGUGCCAUUAUUAAGGCAACAAGAGUGGGUGAACUCACAAAAGCCUUCCUCUGAAAAUCGAGCUGACAAUGCAAUGAAAUUUAAGAGCCCUAAGGAUGCGUCCGUGCUCAAUCACCUUCGGUUUUAUUUGCCUGAAAUGUUCCCUAAGUUGCAGAAAAUCGUAUUUCUGGAAGAUGAUGUGGUUGUUCAAAAAGACAUAACAGGAUUGUGGAAGAUAGAUUUGGAUGGGAGGGUAAAUGGUGCAGUGGAGACUUGCUUCGGGGCCUUCCAUCGAUUCACUCAUUAUUUAAAUUUCUCGAACCCUCUAAUUAAGGAGAAGUUUAAUCCCAAGUCAUGUGCCUGGUCUUUUGGGAUUAAUAUAUUUGAUCUUGAUGCUUGGAGAAGUGAGAAAUGUACGGAAGAGUACAAUUAUUGGCAGAACUUGAACGAGGACGGAUCUUUAUGGAGUAGGGGAACUCUUCCACCUGGUCUGAUCACCUUCUACUCAAAAACGAAGUCGCUGGACAGAUCAUGGCAUGUUCUUGGUCUUGGUUACAAUCCCAGUAUUAGCAUGGACGCUAUCAACAAUGCUGCAGUCAUUCAUUACAAUGGCAACAUGAAACCUUGGCUUGACAUUGCGAUGAACCAGUAUAAAAGUUUUUGGACUAAAUAUUUGGACAGUGAUAUGGAAUUUGUGCAGGUGUGCAAUUUUGGACUUUAGAUGAGCGUGUAGCCGCUCUGUCACCAAUCAGGUACAAGAAAAAAAUUAGUUUCUUGUAGUUUUUAUUUCACGAGUCAAUGAUAUUGCUUAAAGUUUUGAGUUUCACAUCAGCUGUUAUGUUUGGAGCAAAGCUUUGUAAUAUAGCCCAAUCUUUCAUAUCUUAAAUUACAUGAAUGUUACUGGUAAUUCAAUUUAAUGCUGAAUAGGCUCCAGUGUUUCAAGCAAGGAUUCUAUCACCAGUGAAAUUGGAUGAUUUAGAAACAUGAUUUCUUUUUCCCUUUAA